CGUCAAGAAAAUCCAAUGAGGUUCCUCGCAAUCUCGGCCCCCUUCCCCCUUCUUAUACCCAAAUCUUCCCCUUGCAAGGCCCUCGCACCCAAAUCGAAAGGCAAUCGUAAUUCAUUACAAGUGGUUACAUUCUGCAAUAAAGCAGCUGUAAUCCGUCAGAAUGCGGUGGUUCUUGGAGAUGGGAUCUCGGGUGGGCGACAAUCUGCGGCGCUCUCGCUCCGCCGAAACCAAGCGCUCGGCCGCCGGAACCCCGCUCGGAAUCCUGGCCUUCGAGACUGCCAAGACCAUGGCCCGCUUGAUCUCCCUCUACGAAUCUCUCGCCGAUUCAGAGAUCGGGAAGCUCCGAAAGGAGGUCAUUCGAUCCGAAGGAGUCGGCUACUUGAAUUCCAAAGAUGAGGGCUUCCUCUUGAGCCUCGCCUGCGCCGAGAAGCUCGAAAAUCUCGACAAAAUCGCCGCCACCGUGACCCGAUUGGGACAAAAAUGCUCCGACUCCGGCCUCACCCGAUUCGGCCUUGUCUACACCGAUCUCAAGCUGGGCACCAUCGAUUUGGACCAAUUGGAGUACGCGUCGAAAGAGAAGGAUAGAUUGAUUGCGAAAAUGGAGAAGCUGAUAUCGGCAACUUCCCGGCUCUAUGCGGCGCUGGAGGCUCUAUCGGAACUGGAAGUUUCCGAACAGAAGAUGAAGCUGUGGAAGAAGAAUUCCUCGGCGAUGAAAACGGAGCACCCGGGUUUCGACGCCUUCCAGCAGAAAAUCGCGUACCAGAGAAAGCAGGUUCAUCGUCUCAGAGAAGCCUCGCUGUGGAGCAAGACGUUCGACAAAGGUGCCGGUCUUAUGGCCCGAUUUGUUUGCGUCGUCUACGCCCGACUCUGCAGCGUCUUCCGGCCCUACAUUUCAUCGCUACCUCAUCACUUCUUGCCGUCAAAGAACACUUGCCACGUCGGGAAUUCGAGAUCAGGGCCUAUUCCAAAGACUAAUAAACUUGCUUUGGUGAGAUUCCACAGCCAAGAUUCGCUGCUUUUCUCGCCGGAAGACUCGGGUUCUACGUCGAAGAGCGGUGUGUUUCAGGCAGCCAGACCCACCACGGUAGGCGGCUCCGGCCUGGCGGCACGUUACGCCGACGUGAUACUCCUGGCGGCGAGGUACUUAGACCCGGCGGUGACGAUCAGCGAAAACGCCCGCGAGAGCUUGUACCAGAUGCUGCCGGAGAAUCUGAAGACUCUGGUGCGGUUGAAGUUGAGGAAGUCCGAGAGGGCGGCGGCACCGGAACGCGACGGCGAGCGUCUUGCGGAGGGGUGGCGGGAGGCGAUGAGGGGGAUACUGGAGUGGCUGGCGCCGAUGGCCCACGACACGCUGAAGUGGAAGGCGGAGAGUAACAUCGAGGCGAUGAAGUUUGAGGCCAAGAAGUCGGUGUUGUUGAUGCAGACGCUGCAUUUCUCCGACAGGGAGAAGGUGGAGGCCGCCAUAGCGGAGCUCCUGGUGGGGCUCAGCUACAUUUAUUGGUACGAGGAUCGCCGGAACUGUGGCGACGGCGAUGUGGAUGUCCACGAUUCUUGGUCCACGUGUCGUCGGUGGUCGUGUGAUAGAAUAGAACUUCGUUGAGUUAAAUGUUUAUGUUUUUGGUCUUUCUUCUAUUUAUUUUUUUCUCAGAAUUAGGUGAAUCAUUCUUUGAAGAUUGAAUCUAAAGUUAGGUAAGAUAUAAGAAAAGAAAUUAAUAAUAUGUCACUUGGUUGGUUUUGUUCA